UUUGAAUUUCCCACUCCCACUUCUAGAAAUUUCUCUGUUAGGGUAUAUAGACCAGCAGAGAAAGGCAGGCGGAUACUAUUCUACAGAUCGCUCAACUCAGAAGAGGAAUUCUGCAAACCAGUGCCAGGGUUUCAUAGCUGCUUGUUCAAACAGAAAGGAUGUGGCUGACCAACAUUGUAGCUCUGUGCCUGCUUGCUGUCACGGCCUCUGCGGAGGACAAGAAACUGAGCAGCCAUGCCAGUACACUGGCUGACAACAGCGCUAACCUCGCUUUCAGUCUCUAUCACAACAUGGCAAAGGACAAGAACACAGAGAACAUCCUCAUCUCCCCCGUGGUGGUGGCCUCCUCUCUGGGGAUAGUGGCCCUCGGCGGGAAGGCCUCCACUGCCUCCCAGGUCAAAACUGUCCUGAGUGCCGACAGCCUGAAAGAUGAGCAACUGCACGCAGGGCUGUCAGAACUGCUGACUGAGGUGAGUGAUGCCAAGACACGAAACACAACCUGGAAGAUCAGCAAUCGCCUCUACGGUCCAAGCUCUGUCUCCUUUGCUGAUAACUUUGUGAAGAGCAGCAAAAAGCACUACAACUAUGACCACUCUAAAAUCAACUUCAGAGACAAGAGGGGCGCGGUGAACUCCAUCAACGACUGGGCCACCAAGUCCACCGGUGGCAAACUGCCCGAGGUCACCAAGGACGUGCAGAGCACAGAUGGAGCCAUGAUUGUCAACGCCAUGUUCUUCAAGCCACACUGGGAUGAGAAAUUCCACGAGAAGAUGGUGGACAACCGCGGCUUUCUAGUCACGCGAUCAUUCACUGUUGGUGUCCCCAUGAUGCACCGUACAGGUGUUUAUGACUUCUACGAAGACACAGAACAUGGUGUUAAUGUGCUGAACAUGCCUUUGGGCCAGAAGCAAACCUCUAUGAUCUUCAUCAUGCCCUUCCACCUGGAGCCCCUGGAGCGCCUGGAGAAGCUCCUGACCAGAAAACAGGUCGACACCUGGCUCAGCAAGAUGACCCAGACGGCCGUGGCCAUCUCCCUCCCCAAAGUCAGCAUUGAAGUCAGCCACAACCUACAGAAACAUCUUGCCAACCUCGGCCUGACGGAAGCUGUAGAUAAAGCCAAGGCCGACCUAUCCAACAUCUCUGGCAAGAAGGAUCUCUAUCUCUCCGAGGUCUUCCAUGCUUCAGCCCUGGAACUGGACACAGAAGGAAAUCCUAUUGACACCAGCAUCUUUGGCACGGAAAAGCUGAGGAAUCCUAAGCUUUUCUAUGUAGACCACCCCUUCAUCUUCCUGGUGAAAGACAACAAGACCAACUCCAUCCUAUACAUCGGCAGAAUGGUCCGGCCAAAAGGAGACAAGAUGCGCGAUGAGCUGUAACGUAGAUUUUUUUUUAAUGUUGUAACUGUGGUGCCAACCUUUUGUCACAGGUGAAAUUGUGUCAGGAAAAAAGUGUUCAUGUUUUCGAUAAUGUCAAGAGCACAUUCCAAUAGGCAAUCUGUGGACUGACUAUCUGAGCUUGCUGAUUUUACAGAAAGAUUUAACACUUGCAGGGAAUAAAUGUGAAUGAACACAAUAGGUCUUUUUAAAGUCUUUCAUAUGAUUUUUUUUCCAAUAUCCCAGAAUUCACCAAUAUGUGCCUUUAUUACCUUUUUUCUUGAAAAAAAAACAAACAAUUACACAAUGGCAGUCAGCAUGACACAGCAUGCUUUUAUUAAGUAUGGGAUCUCUAUUUCAACCCUUUUUACACAAUAGUGGAAGCCUCUUGGAUGAGAGGCGAAACGUCUU